AGGAGUUCCUAAAUUUGGUGCCUGAUUUUUUUUUCUCCUCUCUCUUCCUCUAGGCUAGGGUCAGAGAACAGGUUGAUGGAUGAAGCUGUUGUUUCAGCGAGUUGCCAUCUUGGGGAAGAGGUCACUCUUGACUGGGCAAGGGGUAGAGGGAGAAAGAACCAUGGUCACUGCCGUACGGGAGGUCCAUAUGUGAUGGAAACACGCCCAGAGCCUCUCAGAGCCCUGGGAAGCAAGCAGAGUACAAGUGGGCAGCUGAUCCGUCAGUGAACUCACAGUGGAGAAGUGGAGAGGAGUCCAUCAGGAAAGGCUCCUUGGUAGAAGGUGAUGAUGACAUGGCUGUGCCCCAGGCUUUCCCACCAGGGCCUCUCCAUGAGCCUGCAGGUGUCCUGAUGGAGCCUCAGCUCUGCCCUCGAAGCUUGGCUGAGGGCUUCCUGGAGGAGGAGCUUCGGCUCAAUGCUGAGCUGAGCCAACUGCAGUUUCCAGAGCCUGUGGGCAUUAUCUACAAUCCUGUGGAGUAUGCGUGGGAGCCACAUCAGAGCUACGUGACACGCUACUGCCAGGGCCCCAAGGAAGUGCUCUUCCUGGGCAUGAACCCGGGACCCUUUGGCAUGGCCCAGACUGGGGUACCCUUUGGGGAAGUGAGUAUAGUCCGGGACUGGUUGGGCAUUGGGGGCGCUGUGCUGACCCCUCCCCAAGAGCACCCUAAGCGACCAGUGCUGGGACUGGAGUGCCCACAGUCAGAGGUGAGCGGUGCCCGGUUCUGGGGCUUUUUCCGGAACCUCUGUGGACAGCCCGAGGUCUUCUUCCGUCACUGUUUCGUCCACAAUCUGUGUCCUCUGCUCUUCCUGGCUCCCAGUGGGCGCAACCUCACCCCCGCUGACCUGCCUGCCAAGCAGCGAGAGCAGUUUCUUGGGCUCUGUGACGCUGCCCUCUCUCGGCAGGUGCAGCUGCUGGGGGUACGGCUGGUGGUGGGGGUGGGGCGGCUGGCAGAGCAGCGGGCACGGCGGGCUCUGGCAGGCCUGAUGCCUGAUGUCCAGGUGGAGGGGCUCUUGCACCCCUCACCCCGGAGCCCGCAGGCCAAUAGGGGUUGGGAGGCAUUGGCCAAGGAAAGAAUGAAUGAGCUGGGGCUGCUGCCGCUGCUAACAAAAUGAGUGCCCUGGGGCCCUGCACACUUGCAAGGCCUCCCACUUCAUUCUUGGGCCAGCAGAUGACGACACGCCUCCUGGACUGGAGCAGCAAGGUCUCCUCGCUGCCUGGUUGCUGGGACCUGCUGUGACAGUUUGACACUACUUCUGGCCUCCUGAUUUCUGCUUUCUUCCCUUCCUUCGGACAUUGCCUCUUUGGUCCUGUGGUGCUUAACUCCAUGGAGACUCAGCGCCUACAAAGUGCUUAUUUCACUGUUUUCUUGGGAGCCUCUAAUCAGCUGAGUGACUUUUGAGGUUUGCUGUUUUAGAGAAAAGAUCCUGCCGGGAUCCGCACUCAUUCUCAUAGAACAGUGUCCUUCAGCGGACCCCUAUCCUCACAGGACCAGACAAAGCGCGGCGCGUGGGUGUUCAGAAUGAACUUCUUAUGGAAGACUGAGGCUGGAUCAGAGAUAAAAUUCAAUGUGGCAGAGUGGGAAAGGCUGGAAGACCUGGACUUACAUCCCAGCUUUGAGACUUGUGAACGUUACAGCUUUGGACAAGUUGAUUCACCUCUCCAAGCCUCAGGAUCCUCAUCUUUAAAAUGGGGGUCUCUACCUUACGGGUUGGUGUGGGGAUUAACGGAGAUAACACUUAAAAGGGCCUUGCGUGGUGCCUGGCACGCGGUGCUUUUUGUACCUCUUCUUUCUUGCAUCUGGGUGGGGAGUCACUGCACUACAGGGGAAGACCCUCCACUGGGCAAUUGGGCAGCAGGGGUGGGUGGUGGGGAUGGUCCUUGGCCCCCACCUGUGGCCUGGGUGAGGAGCAGACUCUUGCCCUCCCAGAAAUGGACCAAUGACUAUGAAAAACCCAGCCUGUGAUUUUUCAGUCUAAGCAUUAAAAGCUCCUAAAUCUU